AUGACUUUACUUUGUUCCUGGGUUUUGAUCAUUGCUCUUGUCUGUUCGUAUGGGGUCACGUACGCAGAGUUUCGUGAUUUUACUUCACCCGCGAGGUCCUCCGGGAAGGUCUCUGUCAUCCUGAGUCGACUUUCCUCAACGUCUCAAUUCGGCGGUACGACAAACUCAAGUGGCUAUGGUGUGAAAUACAUUGGCAACGUCGGCGAUCCCUAUGGAAGCAACAUCAUUGAAGUAUCUGAGAGCACGGCCAAUCAGUAUAAAUAUGUUUUACGAUUCGAAGGUCCAGUGGGAGGAGAAAGGUGGACUGUGGUGAUUUGGAAUAAAAUAGGGCCGGAUGGUUUGCUAAGCGGUUGGUAUGGCCAGGCCUGCAGAAAAUUCAUCUUGAAGUCCGGUCAAUUUCGGUACAUCGCAAUCGAUGAGAACUCUCAAGGAGGGUGGGCUGCUGCCCCGGAGAUUCUAUACCGGUCGACUCUCACGGUGGUUACGCUUCUACAUGGGGCGACCAUAGCCGCACAAAAUGCGGGCCUACCAGUCCAAGGCAUGAAAAUUUGCGAUAUUCUCACCGGUAUCUGUUCUUUUGUCACGAAGGACGCUACCCUUAUCCACAAUGCCUACAUAAGUUCCCUUGCCGAAGUUGGCGGUAUCGGAGGUAAUCUCUAUCCUGGGCCAGUCAGACUCGCCGUGACGAUUGGCUACGAUACUGCAGCUUAG